CCUGAAGAGAAGCGAAAUUCAGACACCGUCAAUUCAAAGCAGUGGAGACUGGAGAAGACCGGGGGAGCGACUUGGCGGAAGGGAGAAGCUUUGCGACGAAGCGGGGAGAGAACUUGAAUUCAGUAAAAUGGAGAAAGAACGACAUCAUUCGUCGCGGUACAGGAAGCGAGAUUAUACGGAGACGGUGGACGACGGCGCAAACGCUGCAACGAUAGGCGGCGUGUUGGAGACGGCGAAAGCGGAUAGAGCGGUGUGGCUGAUGAAGUGCCCGUUGGUGGUGGCGAAGUCAUGGCAAGCUCACGCCGCUGCUUCCGAUUCGCAGCCGGUGGCGAAAGUCGUCGUCUCUCUCGAUCCUCUUCAGCCCGACGAGCCUUCUCUGUUCAAGAUGGAGAUGGCCGCGAGUGAGAAUGAGAACAUACCAAAGAGCUACUCUUUGAAUAUGACUAAAGACUUUGUCCCUAUGUGUAUAUUUUCUGAGCCAAAUACAGGGGGGAAGGUUGCUGUUGAAGGCAAAGUGGAUCAUAAAUUUGACCUGAAGCCACAUAAUGAGAACAUUGAAGAGUAUGGCCGGUUAUGUCGUGAGAGGACAAAUAAAUCAAUGAUUAGGACUAGGCAAAUACAGGUGAUAGAUGAUAACCGCGGAAUGCAUAUGAGACCUAUGCCUGGAAUGGUGGGCUUGAUGUCAUCGAACUCCAAGGAGAAAAAGAAGCCUCAACCGGUGAAGCAAACUGAGGUGAAGAGAACCAGGAGGGACCGUGGUGAACUAGAGGAUAUAAUGUUCAAACUAUUUGAGAAACAACCUAACUGGGCCCUGAAGCAGCUUGUACAAGAGACAGAUCAACCCGCACAAUUUUUGAAAGAGAUCCUUAAUGAGCUCUGCGUAUACAACAAAAGAGGUUCGAAUCAAGGGACCUACGAGCUUAAGCCCGAAUACAAGAAAACUGCUGUUCCCGAGCCAGGUGCUGAGUAAGUGAGAGUAACCAUCUGUGCAGGUGUGCUGCGAAAUACCUUUUCACAGCUGCAAAUGUGGAAAAGGCCACCUUCAGAGUGUAAUGUAGGGGUAACAAUUAUUACACAACCCCUUAUCAGAAGGAUAUUGUUGCUUACCAGACAUCAGUACUCUUAACUCACAACACAAGUACCAUCCCAGCCUGUGAUUGUUGUAUUUUCGCCAUUAUCUUCGGUUCCAGUUCUUGAUUGUGGCCAUGAAAAUGAAGUAUACCAUAUGCUGUUGUAAAUUGUAAUUACCUUUCGCGCCCUUCGAUCGAUUUCAGCUUCCUCAAAGGAGUUGGUUUACUGUAAUACUGGUAGCUAGUAGUGUAAAUACUAAAUAGUCUUCCGGUGCUGUCUGGGGAUUAAGAUUUUUGUUACGUCCAUCUGGCUUUUUGACAUCUAUGGCUCCCGUUAUCUCAAUUAUCAUCAUUGCACCAGUCAAUCAAAGUUGGUAGUGGCAUGCAAAGUUGCAAACUGUUCCUCGAAUUCUCAAAUCAUUUCUCAACUUAUAUCCAUUCACCAUCUCAUUUUCAAUAAUUUUUCACUUGCUUUUUCCACUGCAUUGUAAUUCCCAUCACUUUUGCCACGCGAACAUCGAGAAUAGACAAAUCGAUAAUAGCGUGGGAGAGUACGAGGUCAUUAAAUAAACCGAACCCAUUUUUAAUAUAGCUAAACCAUUGUACUCAUAACUAAAAGUAUGCCAUCCAUCACUCCCAUGAGCAUCCGUCCAACACCGCUAUAACCAUGAUGUCGUGGAGAUAGCUACGAAUUGCCACAAAUUUGCUACGUUACCAUAGUUAUCUCCGAGUCCACAUGAUUAUGAGCGUGUUAGAUAGAUACUCACAGGAGUGAUGAAUGUCGUAUCAGUGACCAAUGGUAGUUUUACCCUUAAUUGUAUGACAAGAGAUUUAAUCUGUGUGCCGAACACUCAUCAUUUUCGUAAGAUCGCUCACGUAGAUCACAUAAUGAAAUGAAUAAAGUGAUAAAGAGAAAAGAAAAAGAGCACAAAACAACUCUCCCUGAAAAUUGAAGCCACAUCAACAAAUUUGAUUCCAUCGCCAAAUUCAACAGCAACUAUACGUAGUGCUUUCCCUUCAUGAGUAGGUAUCUUGAAUAUAUACAACCAAGAACAUCAAACAACAAGGCCAAUUAGCCCUAGCGUGAGAAAUUUGGUCACCAGCCCAUUGGAUGUAUCUUGCUGUCCACUAACUGUGCCGUGGUGCUUUUGUUGUCACAUAACGGACCAACAUUCUCAAGUGCGCUGGCCAUGGAAGAUGCAAGUCCUCUGAAAAUGACCCACUAGGAAUCUUCUAAUAUCAGUCACCCUAAGGUGGUAUUUUACAUAGGUAGCUAGCUAUAGCUUCCCCUCAUUGGUAUAUAGCACAUUUGCUCUAAGAUUCCGAUACCAUCGAAUGUUAGUAGUUACUACCCUUUUGAGAACGUUAAUCAUAGCACGAGUUUAACUUGACAAUGACUACACAUGUCGAAAACCCUAGGUGGCGCGUUUUUGGCUUUAUGUUAGGCUAAGUACCUUUGUGGGAGAGUGAGGAGUCCCUUUUCCACAAACCAUGGGGAUGGCUCACAACAACUCACAAGUGCAAAGCAAAGAGACAUGAUUGAAGCGGGUGAUAUGGUAGUGGAGACUUGUCACUCUCCCAUGAAGAAGAAUAAAGGAUCUUUGGAGAAACAGAGGCCAAUAAUUCGAGAAAAUGAAGGGAAGGAGAGUGAGAUAGUCAAGGAUGGUUUUGAUCGAAAUAGGAAAAGGUCGUGCAACUAUGUAUUGCCUCCGGUUAGGAAUGAGUUAUAUUCCCAUCUCAUAAAAUAUAUAUCUCCAUCAUCUUCAAAGUGUGGAAUACACGAAUUGUUUGAGA